UAUGUAGCUCCAAUUUCACAGAGACAAAGAUGGGAACAGCAUCAUCGAAAGAAGCUCCUACUUCUCCCCCUGUUUCUACACGAGAAUUAAAAAAGCCCUGGAGGUCAGUGAACUGGAGGUAAGAGCCUGUAUGUGUGCAAGGGAAAAAGAGGCAAUAUUGAAAGAAUUGGGAGACUUAAGGCCAAGUUCAAAUGUCCUCAGAAUUCUGCUGUAUGGACCAGUUGGGGCAGGAAAGUCAUGCUUCAUAAACUCUGUACAGAGGGCUCUCCUAGGCCGUAAUGCCAUGGUAGCUCUGGAAAACACAGAACGAUUUGGAAAAAGCUUUACUAGGACAAUCACUACACACAAGCUGAAGAAGCGUGGAGGCGGACAUUAUCCUUUUGUUUUAACUGACAUCAUGGGACUUGAGAUGGAUGGAGGCAUUCUAACUGAGGACAUCAUGAAAGUUUUAGAGGGACGUAUUUUAGAUGGCUACAAGUUUGAUUCUCAGGCACCUAUAACAUGGCGCAACUCAAAGUACAAUAAAAACCCAAGCAUAUGUGAUAAAGUUCACUGUCUGGUGAGCAUUAUUCCUGCUGAUUCUAUCUCGAGAAUGGAUCACACAGUGAUUGACAAAAUGAAGGCUGUUCGACAGAAAGCAGGUCAAAUGAGAAUACCACAAGUCAUUGUCUUGACAAAAGUGGAUAAAACAUGUGAGAUGGUCAACAAAGACUUGAGAAAACUUUUCCACAGCAGUAAGAUCAAAGAGAAGGCAGAGCUGGGCAAACAUGAACUGGACAUCCCAUGGAACAACAUCUACCCUGUGAAGAACUAUCAUGCAGAGAUCAUCCAAGACACUGAUAUUGAUGCUCUCAUCCUCAUGACACUCAGAGAUAUUGUCAAUUUUGCCAGUGACCAUGUGGAAGACGUGUAUUAGUCUAGUGCCGGCUGUUGAAUCAUGAAAUCCGUACAGUGACUCACAGUCUGAUUAAGCAUAUAUAUAGACUACUCCUGUUUUAAAUAUUGUAAAUUUUAUAUAUGUAUACAUCUAAUAUAUAUAUAUCGAGCUAUA